CGCCGCCGCCGCGCGCCCGGCCGGCAUGCAGCUCACGGUGUACUGCGUGCGGAGGGACCUCUCCGAGGUGACCUUCUCGCUGCAGGUCGACGCCGACUUCGAGCUGCACAACUUCCGCGCGCUGUGCGAGCUCGAGUCCGGCAUCCCCGCCGCCGAGAGCCAGAUUGUCUAUGCGGAAAGACCUCUCACAGACAACCACAGAUCGCUGGCUUCUUACGGCUUGAAAGAUGGAGAUGUUGUGAUUUUACGACAGAAGGAGAAUGCGGACUCUCGCCCUCCAGUGCAGUUCCCAAAUCUACCCCGAAUAGACUUCCGUAGUAUAGCUGUGCCUGGCACAUCCAGCUCCCGGCAGCGCCAGCCACCAGGAGCACAGCAGCCCCACUCAUCUCCUGGAGAAAUAGCUUCAUCUCCUCAGGGUUUGGACAAUCCAGCCUUGCUCAGAGACAUGUUGCUGGCCAACCCCCAUGAGCUGUCCUUGCUGAAGGAACGCAACCCACCCCUGGCAGAUGCUCUGCUCAGUGGAGAUCUUGAGAAAUUUUCCAGGGUCCUGGUGGAGCAGCAGCAGGAUCGAGCCCGGAGAGAGCAAGAAAGAAUUCGUCUCUUUUCUGCUGAUCCAUUUGAUCUCGAAGCUCAGGCCAAGAUAGAAGAGGAUAUAAGGCAACAGAACAUUGAGGAAAACAUGACAAUAGCUAUGGAAGAGGCUCCGGAAAGUUUUGGCCAAGUAGUGAUGCUUUAUAUUAACUGCAAAGUGAAUGGACAUCCUGUGAAAGCCUUUGUUGACUCAGGUGCCCAGAUGACUAUUAUGAGCCAGGCUUGUGCAGAAAGGUGUAAUAUAAUGAGACUGGUGGACCGUCGGUGGGCAGGGAUUGCCAAAGGAGUAGGCACCCAGAAGAUUAUUGGAAGGGUACAUUUAGCUCAGGUUCAAAUUGAAGGUGAUUUCCUGGCGUGUUCCUUCUCUAUUCUUGAGGAGCAGCCCAUGGACAUGCUUCUGGGGCUGGACAUGCUGAAGCGGCAUCAGUGUUCCAUCGACCUCAAGAAAAAUGUCCUGGUGAUUGGCACUACAGGCUCACAGACCACCUUCCUUCCUGAGGGAGAGUUGCCAGAGUGUGCCCGGUUGGCAUAUGGGGCUGGGAGAGAGGAGGUGCGACCCGAGGAGAUUGCAGAUCAAGAACUAGCAGAAGCCCUUCAAAAAUCUGUAGAGGAUGCAGAGAAAAGCGGUAAAGAAACUACCUCACUGGGAAUGUCAUCAUUACCAACUUCAGGUGGAUUUAACCAUCCAGCCCAUCCUUCAGGACAGAGUCCUGAGUUUGGUGAUCCUGCAAGUCUUGCUCACUCUGUCUCUGCUUCAGUCUGCCCUACCAAGCCCAGUGACCCAGACAGCCUUGAACCGAAAGCUAGGAAGACUUUGAAGCCUUCAGCUGAAUUCCAGAUGACCUCUGAAACGAAAGCACAUCUCUCUCUGCAGGACCUUUCUGAUGGUGUUUCUUCAGCAGACAGCACUCCAGAAUACCAGAGUCCAGCUACGCCUUCGCAGAACUCAUCCGAAGAAGCCAUUGUCGCUGAUAAUCGGGAGGCGUCUCCUGCUGAAAGAAGUACCCAGGGCUUCAAGGCUCAUCUCCACGUGAGACAGGAAGCUAGUUUAUCUGUCACGGCUACCAGGGUGGAAAAAUCACAGAGGUUUCUAGGUGAAAUGGGUUGGCAUCCAGAAUAUCAGAGCCUGAUUCAAGAGAACAGCCUUCAGCAGCACGAAGAAGCAGGGAGUAAACAGCAUGAGGUUGUACAACAGAAUGUGCCACGUGAUCAUGAACACCCGUAUAGCACAGGGGACCUUGAUAUUCCUGGAGAGAAGCAACAGAAUCAACAAAAAAAUGUUGACUUGGAAGCUACAGUGAAGGGAGAUAGGCUGCAGCAGAAUGUGGAGCUUCCAGGUACAGAGAAAAAUACUCUACAUCCAGGAUGCUUUGGAUGCUCAAAUUCGGAAACGCUUAUGGACGUAGAUGUGGUCGAACAGUCCCUUGCUGCUGUGCUUAAUUCAGCAGGCAGUCAGAAGGCCAAUGUCAAGAACAUUGGUUCAUCUGACCUCCCUUUAGAUAAUCCUGUGAUGGAGGUAGAAAUGUCAAAAUGUAACUCUUCAUCUGAAAUUUUGAGUAAUUCUACUUCCAUUCAGGAUUUACAACUCCCAGAAAGUAAUGCUGAAAUGUCUGCAACAAAGAGAGAGUGUGGGAAUUGCUCCCCUUCCCUAAGUCUUGGUGGCAGUUGUCAGUCCUCUGCGGAGUCAGCAGAGGAAUCCUGCUCAUCUGUAACGGCAGCCUUGAAGGAACUUCAUGAACUUUUGGUCACUAGUAGUAAACUAGCCUCAGAAAGCACAUCUGAAGAUGUGGUCUGUCAGUCAGAAACAGUAGCGAAGGACCAAACAGGUAUUGAGAACCUUUCUGAAAGAUGGGCCCCAAAUGAGCCUCUUACAGCUACCCCGAAUGAACAGUGUUCACAGGUCUCCAUUCAUCAGGCCAUAUCUGUAUCAGUGAAGGCAGAAAAGUUAACAGAUGCUUCAACUGGCGCUGGGAUAAAGAGUGUAGAAAACAUUAAUUUCAUGGGUCCAGGUGAUGGCCUAUUAACUGAUAAGGAAAGUGUCCCCAAGUCUAGGGAAUCAAUUAAGGAGAGCAGUUCUGUCACCGUAGCCUCAGCUAAAAUGUCUAAUCAGUUACACUACACCUUAGGUGUAGAAAUUUCACCCAAACUUUUAGCAGGUGAGGAGGCUGCACUUAAUCAAACUGCUGAGCAAACCAAGUCCUUGUCAUCCAGUUUCAUGCUGGUUAAAGACAUGGGUCAGGGCACAGAGAAUCCAGUGACAGGCAGGCCUGAAACCACAGAAGACAUCUGUCCUGAAGCUGCAGGGCCACUUCUUGAAUUGGAACCACCUACCAGCCGUCCAUCGAGCCCCGCCAUCCUGCCACCGCUGGUUGUUCCCGCCGCAGACAUUGACCGGAUUCUCCGGGCCGGCUUCACCUUGCAGGAAGCGCUUGGAGCUCUGCGUCGAGUUGGUGGAAAUGCAGACCUUGCACUUCUUGUUUUGCUAGCAAAGAACAUUGUAGUUCCUACAUAACCAUGGAAAAGUGGGCUGGACUGUACUCCAUUCCCUUCAAAAAAAGAAAAAAAAGAUAAUAUAUAUAUACACACACACAUAAGCACUCACCACAUACACAGUAUAUGUAGAACCUGCAAGCAGAAUGUUGAGCCAGAUUUUUUUUUAAAGAUUUUUUUCGGCCAAAGUAAUUUAUGAUCUCUUGUCUGAUGAAUUUGUCUAUUUGUUAAAAUUUUGGGCCUUUUUAAAUGUUUGGCGAUGUGUGCAUACAAAAGCUUUCUAUUCUCACUGAGAUGAUGUAUUCUGGAAUAAAAGUAAUGGCUUUGUGUAUAGCAUACCAUUUUAGAAUGAGAGUAAAUGCUUUGAAAAACAGAAGCCAUAAGAAAUCCCACCACCCAUGCAGCUAAAAGCAGGUCAGCUCCGCGCUGGGCUGUGUCUGUGCUGUAGGCGCGGUCCGGCUUGUUGGCUUCGUCAUCACUACAAACUCGACCACAUAGUUUGCUGUUUGGAAUUAUAUCCAAUGCUCUGUGUAGUAUGAUUCAUCAAUUAUAACGGGAAAUUGAAGAAUAAUUGAAUUAUCUCCUAGAGUGGUAUGUUUUUUAUUUGUGUGGUUAGGACUUGACAUUUUAGUGGGGUGAGGGGGAGGGUUUAAAACUUGGGCUGCUUUGUGCAUCACUGGCUGCUGCAUGGAUUGCCAAAUGUCUUGGGUGGGAUAUUGUGGGGGGAUUGACUUUAGCGUGAAACACGGUGCUAUCCAGAUUUAAAAAAUGAAAAAAAAUUCAUUUGCUUAUGUCUUGGUAUUGUUGCAAGAACUGUGAGUGAAAAAUAAUGGCCUCAAACACUGGAAUUUACUAGAGAUUGGGUUGCCAGCAUCUCAGUGAUCACAUCUCAGCUCCUCGCGACAAUGGUGAACUAAAGUUCAGCUGAUGGGUUGAUUGCCAGCAAUUUAUUUCCUUUCUAACUCACCUUCUAGGAAGUUGGAAAGCUCAAUUUGAGCAGUGAUCUGAAUGAAAUACUGACGCACAAUAACCUAGUCACGGGUUCAUCUUGGUGCUUGGAAUGGCCAGUCUGUCUGGUGAGUGUCCUUCAUGGCGAUGGAAUAGUAGUUGCAGUUUCUGACUCAAGUGGCCUUGGUAGAGUUUUUCCAUCCCUUUCUUUCCUCAGGAGUUUUUUUUUGGUUUUUUUUUUUUUUUAAGCAAGACGCGUCACAUUUGUGUUUACCAUGUCAAGUCAGAGUGGGGCAUAGUGUAUAGGUGUAUUUAUUGUGGCCUUUUUUUAUAUGAGGACUUGCCCUUGGAAAUCACUGUCCUGUGGGCCCCACUGUGCAAUAAUCCUACUGGGUUGACUCUUCUAGGUGAUUUUUUCCUUGGAAAAUAAGCUCUCUCAUGUACUUAGCAGGAAUCUGAAAUCUUGGUUUUACUGAAAGGAAGUCUGAGUGAUCAUUCCUGAUUUCAGAUUCAUAGUUUGUAUUUGUUCAAACAGAAGCUUCAAAGGGGUGAUUUGUGAACUCAGUGUUUAAUGAUUUUUGGCUAACAGUCUGAUUGAAAAAUGAUUCUUCCCAUCAAAAUUUAAGUCACUGAGCACAAUCAGAACAGAGGCUCAUAUCUCAGGAGUUUUUGGAAUUUUAAUUUGGGGACACUUAGAGACAUUGUCUUCUACUCUGUUCCACCUUAUUUCUUUGUGCUCUAUGUAGUUUGUGUUUUGUGAGGCGGUAAUGAUGUGACAGAAAGUCACAUAGCUUUACCACGAUCCUCUGAAGUUCAGAAAUGGUCGAUAGGAGUUGUCGUGUACUGUUUUCAAGGGGUUGCUCAAAACAGCAGUUCAGCCAGAUUGUCUGGAAAAUGUUUUUAGACAAUCACAUGUAGACCCUUCUGCCUGCCCUACACCAAAGAUGUAAGAUGCACUAAGAAACUGCUUAUAGGAUUUCUGUCAAGCGACUCUUAGAGCUGUGAUUGUAACUAAGUAGUUGGUGCUAUGACUGAAGCGAAAUCUAGUGGACCCCUCUACUUGCUUUAUGGGUGGUGAUUGGGGAUUUUUUCUGAGUUAAUAAAUCUGGAGGUCCUCAGAGUGGGGUGGGUGUGGAAUGGGGGGGACUUGUCAGUGACAAUAGACUCCUCCAAUAAAGGGCUUCUGUAUGAAGAGGGGCCUCAGAGUCUGUGUGUGGAUAGUGGGGCACACUGCUGGAAGACUUGGCCAUUGGAUUUUCAAGGUGUGGAGAUUUGAGAAGCAAUCCCAAGUGGUGCCUGGGUUAUCAGUCAAGAAAAGUUUCAUUGCAAUAGCUUUGUGUGUGUGUGUGUGUGUGUGUGUAUUUAUUUUCAGGCGAAAAUUGUCUAGGCCUACAGUUGUACAUAUAUUUCUUGUUAGAAAUCCUUUAACUUAGCUUUUAACCCACUUGCCAAAUAACUUUGUCCUUUUUCAUCAUUUAUUUUUCAAUGUAUGAUUGCUUUUGAUAUUUAAAUCUUACUUCCUGUCCAUCAUUUGUAUGAAAAGAAAGUUAUGUUAUUAGGAUUUUGAACCAUUUUUAAAUUUAGCAUUCUAGAACACAAAGGGUAUUUAGAGAACAUGAACCUUAAAUUUUUAUUCACAUUGCAGAAAUUAGAGAUUAAUUUCUCCAUAAAUAAGAUCAAAUCAUUGUGAACUCCUGGUUGUCAACAGAACUGAUGAUGGCCAGCUAUGACCAGUGUGGACAUUUCUGUGGUCAGCACUAACCUGCAAGGAUAGUCUCUCUUCUUCACCAGGAAGUAGGGGUUGUCCUGUGUAACUUCUGCAGUUGCCCUUAACUUGGUUCCUAUGUCCGAGAAUGUAUUUGGCGCCCAGUCAGCUCCACGUAGGCUCUAGGUUCUGCCCAUUUUGUUGGGAAAGUGUUACUUCCCCCUUGCACCUGUUUAGGCAUCCAGACAUCAGCCAGUGGCCUUCAUCUCACAGUUUGGGCUUUAGCCACUAACACACAAGAUUACCAGUUGGCUUGCCGGAGGAAGCUGGGUAGAUGGUGGGUAGGCGUUAAAAUUGUUUGCCUUGCAGCCUACAAAACCUUCCAGAGCUCGCCUUGUCUGUGUGUACCAAAAGGAGAGAGACACCUUGCGUUUCUCUGAAAGCAUUUCUCCAGCAUAAAAAAAGAUAGAUGGGACUUUGUUUUUUGACUUGUUUUUUGAUAACCAGUUAAAGUGGAAUCUAUCUGCCUUCCCACAGCUUUCUGUAUCUAGUAAAAGCCAUAAAAACGUGGGUGGUUUUGACUUUUUAGCUUAUGUGUGUAUAUACAUGUGUGGUUGACAAAUAUGCUAGUGUUCAUUUUACAUAAAUUAAAAAGCAGACCGUUUUCCUUCUAUAGGUAUAUCCUGAGGGCAGCUUCUCUCCCGCCCUGUGUGUUAACAGUAGCUCUGCAGCUCAGCUGGCCAGGAGAAUUGCAAAACAUUCUUGUUUCCUUUUCCUACCUAUUUCCCCCUGCAGUGAGGGUGAGCUGAGCAAUGGAACUGCUCCACGUUUCAACUUCUUUAUUGCUGGUGACUUACCUUAAGGCCUGCUAACGGGGCUGUGCAUCCCACCAUAAAAUACCAAAAAGCCAGAUUUCUCCUGUGAUUUUAGUCUAAAUCUGUGGCUGAAUCAGAAAGAAACAGAAAUUGAUGUCAGGAGUUUACCUCCCUAGAAGAUUAAUGUCACCUCUCAUGUUAGGAGUUCUAGAAAAUUGAAAAAAGUAGGGGGUUUUACCCUGAAACAAUUAAAAAUGUCAAUUCUUAACAGUGAAUUACAGAGCACAUCCUUGAGAACUGGAAACACGUGCUCACGGCUCAAGUUCCAUACCUUCGUUGUCCUCCGAUCAGUGUUACUAGGAGCUCAUUGAAUAGGAGUGAACCUUUGAUGUGCUUGAUUUUCUUUUGUGCCUUAGUUUCUCCAAAUUGCAGAGGCAUCAAAUUUUGGUGGGGAAUAAAAGUGCAAGUAUCAGGGGGAAGUUUGUAAAUGGCCCUGGAGGUAUUGAUUCAGAAUUAACCUGUACCACUAAGUCAUAUUUACCCGGGUGGAAGGAUGGUAAGGAAUUUUGGCAUCCAGUACCAAAAAAUAAAUGGUUUCUAGAUGUUCAGGAUAUACUUUGUUCUAUCAGUAUAGUGGGUAAGGCAGAGAUGUUCAAGUAAAUUUUAUAUAUUUAAGCAGAAUAUCGGUACUCUUUUUUUUUUUUUUUUUUUUCUUUAAGGCUAUGCAGUAUGAGUCUUUGAACAAGAAUUCAUUGAUUCAUUCACCAAAUAUCAAGUGCCUAUGUGCCGGGCACUGGUGAGCACUGGAAGUACAGGGGAGACCAAAACAUUGGAACCCAAGAGCAAGGUCUAGUUCGCCCGUUAGCAUGUUCAUAUAAAAGUCAUACCAGGGUGAUUUAGUUCAAAUUCAGAGAUGAUUGGGGAAAUCAGUCUCAAAAUGGAAUGAGAUGCUGUAAACCUAAAACAGCACUUUAAAAAAAAAAUUCUAAUGGAAUCAGAGGAGGCAAUCAAAAUGUUCUAACAUUUGGUAGAAAUACUUGCACAGAUGAGGUAUUCAGAUCAAUUUAUACUGGUUUGGAAGGAUGAGAUUGGAAAUUGGGCAAAAGUGCAAAUAAAUUGCAAAAUGGAUCCUAAAUCUGCACCAGGGACAGCUUCCCGUCAGGACGGCCUUCCUGCAGGGUACACUGCACCUCCCCUGGUCUCCCUUUGAGCACAGGUGGUCAGGGAUACUGGCCAGCUGCACCACCGAAUUUAGCAAAGGAUUCUGCAGGAUUUGCUAUUUUAAAGCAGCUGAGUUCAAGAUGGGGAAAAGGAGAAUUACCCCACUAUUUAAAAUGCCACGAUGAUGUAAUCCCGAAGCAUACAAACAAAAUUUGUGGACCUUAACUGCUAGUGACUUAGGUUUGCGGUUAGAAAACUCCAAAAAGAUUUAUCAAUUCUGUAUUGGUGAUUGGUCAUCUAGGCCCUCGGGCUAUAAAAAAUGACAGGAUACUGAUAGGUUUUAGGGCAUUGUCUUCUGGAGUGACUUGGCACAGAAAAUGGUUCAAGGCUUUUAGGGAUUAGAGCAUGUUCAUUAAACUAAAGGAAACUUUCCUCUUCUGUACCUAAAAAAAGAGUUAAGCAAACUAAAGACCUGGGGUGAUGUGGAAUACAGAAUUAGGAAAAGCUUUUACAGAACAAUAUUUCUUCAAGUGUCUACCAUAAGAAAGUUUUCAUUAGCAGACUUGGAGGUGAGGUAUUUUUCCCAGGGAAAAGACACCUCUGAUGGGAAAUGAUUUUGUUUACCACAGAUUGGGUUGACACACAACCUUGAAUGAAUGCAUGUGUGUCUUAACAGAAGGUAGACCUCGAUCUCCCUGCCAGAGGUGGUCAGCUCAGCUUGUUCCCGAUUCCUGCAGUCUGAGAUUACCUGAUGCUGACCAGGCUGACUUUUUCUUCCCUGAAGGCCCUGUAGCUUUCUGAGUUUAUGCAACCUGAGACCUUUCCCUGUGAAUGACUCCGUUUCCACCUCUAGUCUCCCGAUCAUCCUUUUGAAAUAGUUCUGGUGAUAGAGCCAUUCAGCAGACUGAUUGCAUUUGCUAAUUUCCACUGUGUACCAACGAUGAGAAGGAUUUGUUUGCUCUUGUUUACUCAGAACCGCAUCCUCAUGGCAAGUUGGGCUAAUGGCCUUUGCACUCAAGGUUUGUUUACCAAUUUUGUAGCCAUACUUGGCAAUUUUUAGCAAGUAGAAUCCCCUCUUUCCCUUUCCUUCCAGUUCAUCCUUGCAGUUGCUCCUGUAUUGCUUUCCUGAAUAUUCUUUAAGCUUUGAGACUACUGCAUCUUCCAAGAAGAACUAAGCUGAUGGGCAAAAUAGGCUUGCCAGCAGCUCAGUCACUCCCGUGAUGCUUUGGUUUCGAGAGUUAGGAAAACUCUGAGGACUUAAGGGAACCAAACUCAGGAACCCCAAAGUUGGUUGCAUUGUGCCACUGGUUUCGGGGCUGGGCAUCGGACCUGUCCGCAGCUGAGGGAACUAGAUACAUUCGGUUUGAGUUUCUGUCCCAUGCUGAAAUGUAAGUCAGCCCUAAAUAAUCGAAACACUUUAUUUUUUUUUUUUAAUAGGAACUUUCUGAAGAAAAAGUGAUGUGUAAAACAUUUGAUAUUUAAGACAAUAAAGUUUUUAU